UCUGAAAGACUCUCUCUCUACUUUCCAACCACUCAAAAAAUGAGUUCCUCCCGUUUAAGCAAGAAAAUCAUGUUUUCGAAUUUUCGCAACGGAAGAAAGCGUUCUGCUCGUAACAAAGCAGUGGUUCGAGUUUUGUUUGAAGCACCACCAGCUUUGUUUGCAGCACCAGAUGUAGCAGAUCAAGAGCCAGUAGUUGGUGAACAUGAAGAAGAAGAAGAUGAAGAGGUGAAUUUCAACAGUGGAGAAUAUGAUGAGAUUCGCGAUGAGAUCCGUCAUGAAGACGAAGCAGUAGCAGUAUCUAAUCUUAAUCACCAGAGUGAUAAAGAUGAAGAUGAAGAGGAGGAGAGAGAACAAUAAGAUGAAGAGAAGGAGAUAGAAGAAGAAGAUGAAGAGGAAGAUACUCUGAACAAUGGAUACCGUGAUCGCAGAGAAGAAGAAGAACAAGAGGGAAGAAGAUGAACAAGAGAGAAGUCACAGGGAAGAAGAUGAUGAUGAUGAUGAGCAGGAAUAUGAGGAGGUGGAGCAAGAAUUCGGAUCUAGAAUCAUUAUACAUUUUGUUAAGAGAAUCUAUGAAUAUGUUUCAAAUCCAGCCAAUGGUUCAGUUUUUCUCCCAGAAGGAGGAUUCAUGUUCCACACCAGCAAUAUUGAACCGAUUCAGAGUUUUUCUUGCUGGGUAUUUCAACUCAAAGACCAACCUGGGUUCCGUAUCAAGACAAUUAGGGAUGGCCCAAAGAGGUACGUGAAUCCUCGCUUCAAAGAAAAUGAUGAAUCUGUGUUUGAGAUCAACGUCAAGGCUAUCAAGACUUUAGUUGAUGCUGCUGGUGAAGUUGAUUCUGUAAGGAGGGACCAAGUGAGCGCUUCAGAGAAAGUAGCCGAGUCUCUGCUGAUGUUAAGGGAAAUUCGUGUUCCAGGUUUGCACGAAGAAGGAAGGGACGCGAUAUAUAUAGAGUUCUUGAGAAGUUGGCAGUCGCAAUGGAAGAAAACCGAAAGGUCACAGGAAGGAUGUGUAACCUUAGAAAUGGUUUGUUGCAAGUUUAAUUUUUGGAGUUAGCAACUUACUGUGUGGGAGGAUUUUUGUUUUGUUCAAAUCAAUACUAUUGAGAGAGUCAAGGGAAUUUAGUGUUUGUGUUUGUUGAUAAGGGAAUUUAGAAAUGGUUUGUUGCAAGUUUGAGAUUUAGAAACUUACAGUGUGGGAGGAUCAUUGUUUUGUUGAAAUCAAUACUAUGGAGAGAGUUAAAGGUAUAGGUGGUGAUAUUUGUUGAUAAGUGAGAGAAAUUUAGAGUGUCAGGUGUCUGAAUUGAAAUCAGUAGAAUGGUUGGUAAUAGUAUUUUCUGGUCAGUGUGGUUUGUUAAAACCAUUGUAAUGAAAUGGAAAUAAUAGUAUUUUCUGGUAAUUCUCAACCUUCUUGAUUACUA